AUGUCCUCCGGCUGGAACACAAUUGUCUCUGAUGCCGGUGUCUUCACCGAGCUCGUCUCAAGGCUUGGCGUAAAAGACGUUCAAAUAGAAGAACUCUACUCCAUCGAUUCUGCUUCUUUGAAAGCCCUUGCCCCUGUGCACGCCGUUGUGUUUUUGUUCAAGUACGGCAAAGUCGACCGUGACUCAACUAUGCACGACGUGCCUCUAGAUGGUGUCUACGACGAGGAUUAUCAAGACAAGGGCAUAUUUUUUGCCCGCCAAACGAUCCAAAAUGCAUGUGCAACUCAAGCUGUGCUCAACUCUCUUUUGAACAAGACAAGUGAGUUGGACAUUGGCACAGAACUCUCCAAUAUCCACGGUUUUGUGGCUGGUUUUGACCCGGAUAUGUGUGGUGACACCAUCUCCAACAGCGAGGUCAUCCGUGAAGUACACAACUCGUUCAGCGCCCCUAAAUUCAUAGAGCUAGAUGAUUCAGCUAGGCCUGAGGUGGACGAGAAGAACAAUGGCUUGUUUCACUUCAUCACUUACUUGAACAUCAACAACACGAUUUACGAGUUGGAUGGGCUCAAAAGAUCUCCGAUCAAACACGACAAUUUGCUGUCGCCGGACGAGUUUUACGACAAGCUCCCCGAAGUGCUUCAUCGCAGAAUAUCAAAGUACUCAGAUGAAAUACGUUUCUCUUUGCUUGCUAUCACGAAUGAUAAGUUGCAACAGUACCAGGCCUUGGGGGAUGAGCUUUCAACGGCGCAGGAACUUGAUAAAAGACAGCGCUGGGCACGCGAUAAUCAGUGGAGAAGACAUGACUACACAAGACUAACCGUGGAGCUUUUGAAAGACAUAUCGAGCUCAUUGCCUGACAAUGAGUGGGAAGAAGUUCUCCGCAAGGCAAAAUUGAAGACUAUGAACAAAUCGAAAGUAUAG